GACAGCUGUUUCCAAACUGGCCUUGUCACGCGGCUUUGGAUGCUGCAAGCGUUGCAGCGUGCGCGUGGUCAAGUUGAACCCGCCUUUGAUCGGGGGGAACACGACGGCCGAUCGAGACGUUUUCCUGCUUUCAAUGCAAAAAGCACCGUCCUCGGUAUCGGGCUUCCCGAGUGAAGACGUCGCAUUUGAUGACAGCGCGACGGUGGCAUAUUGCAUUGUGUACGCGCGAGCAUGCGGUGGGAUGUGCGGGGGGGCUUCUCCCCUGAUGGCAGCCGAGCAUCUGCGGCAUGCUGCCCCCCUGGCGGGCCGCAUGCCCGUGGUGGUGUGCCCGUCCCAGCUGGACUUCUACCUGGACCAACAGGAGAGCCACAAGCAGGUGCUCACCCUGUACAACAUCAAUGACUUCUCGGUCCGCUUCCAGUUGCUGUCGAAUGCGCCAAGACGCUAUGCGGUUGCCGAGCCUGAGGGAGUGCUCAAGCCACACUCCUUUACUGACGUAGUGGUGCGCCACCGGGAGGCAUUGGAGGCAAAUGUGGGUCGCCGCGACCACUUGCGCAUCAUUAUGCGUGAGGAAGGGGGUCGUCUGCAUGGACACAGGGACGUCCCCGCCACCCUGCGGCCAGCACGCAGCCGGGGAGACGAGCCCCUUUUGAUGACCACUGGUUCUGUGCCCCUGGAGCCAUCACCUGGAGCUGAGCGGAGGCUGAGCCGAGGAGCCACAAACGGACCAAGCCCUGCAGUUGUGGUGGUGGCUGUGGCCUGCCUAGUGGCUCUGGUGCUGCCGCUAGAGGGAGCAAGUGGCAGCAGCAGCAGCAGCGGCCAUCCGUUUCUGCAGCUCAACCACCAGCAGAAAUUGAUUGCCGCCUACAUACUUGGGCUCGUGACAAUGCUCAUCGUCCGCCAGUGAAGGAUGGCUCUGUUCUUCUUGUGCCAGAGGAACGCUGGACGUCCUCCGCAGCAGCUUUGUAAAUUGCUGUCUCAACUUGCUUGCGGAUGCCCGUUUUUAAUAAUAAAGUGUGCAAGGACUGUUUUGUGAUAAUGCCUGCUCACAAACUUGUCCUUUCGACGAAAAGCUUGGUCAUGCACGGCCAUGUUGCCCGCUCACAAAGAAGGUGCCUGCCGGUAAUUCUGUCACGUUUGUACAUUCGCAGACUUCUACCGAGUGGGAGCAGCAGCCUAGUGAGUGCAAUAAAAGCUUUGGUACACUG